AUGCAAUACAAAAUUAAGACUUUUAGAUAAUAUCAUCUUAAUAGAUAAGGUAAUUCAUUAUUAUUAAAAUUAUAGAUCUAUUUAAAAUCACCUAUCAGUCACCCUCAGAUUUUAAACCAUCUACAUCCUAAUCACUUAGAUUAAAAUUAUAUAAUCAAAAAUUUAACACAGAAAUAGAAAAUGAAAAUGAUCCUCCCACACCUCCUAAACAAAUCAUUGAUAUUACUAAACUGCCUAAUGGAUAGUUUAAAGAUACUAGUAUUAACUUUAUUUCGAGUAUUUAGGAUACAUGCAUACAGAUGAAUAAAAAGUAUUUAUAAUAAAAUAUUUCAAAACUAUCUUUACUCCAUUAAAAUUAUAUUCAGCAAUAGUUACCUAAAAAAGGGAUUUAAUAUUUCUAAAUAAUCCACAAAUAUAUAUUAAAAUUGAAAUUCUGAAUAAAAUUAUCACCUAACCUCAAAUAUAUGAGACAUUGAUAGAUAAAUCUAUUAAAACAUUUAGUAUUUAAAUUGAAAUAAAUUGCAAAAAUAUUGUAUAAAUAAAAAGCCUCUUUCGUAAUUGUCAAAAUUGUUUAUUUUAGUAGAAUUAUCAUUCUAAUCAUUAUUGUAGUUCCAAUUUAACUUUAUUAACUUUUAACUUUAAAUUGACAUAAUCAAUUUUGUCAUAUUAAUAAUUAAUAUUUAUUGUUGAGCAAUCAAGAUUCACUUUAAAAUAAGUACUAACAAAUUAUGUAGAAACAGAAGUUGAAUUGAUUGACAUCAUCUUAGUUUGA